UUUUAAUAAUUUGUAUCACGCGAGGUAGCAUCGGAGGCUAGGGCUUUCAACCACCGAUUCAGUAGUUUGAAAAAUGUCAGGUAUUUUCGAUGGUGAUUCCGAAGAUUUAGACUGGAGUGGUGAUUUAGGGGAGUACGAUGGGGAAAGAAACGACCUUGGCGAGAGACAUGGCGAAGGAAAAGCUGUCCUACCCAAUGGUGAUGUUUACGAAGGGACUUAUUUUCAUGGAAAGAGGCACGGGAAGGGUGUAUACAUUUUUCGAAAUGGAGCGAAGUACACAGGAUAUUAUGAUCAAGGCCUGAAAAACGGCGAUGGCUUGCUUGAGUAUCCUGAUGGCUCUAAAUACGAAGGAAAAUGGAAAAAGAAUGAGCGCAAUGGACAAGGAGUUUACCACUAUGCUAAUGGGGAUAUUUAUGAUGGAGAAUGGCAAAACAACUGGAGGGAAGGAAAAGGAGUGUAUACUUGUGCAGCGACUAAACUCAAAUAUGACGGACACUGGGUAAAUGGAAAACUGCAUGGACCAGUCAAUAUGAUUCUUGCCAAUCAUGUCUACCUUGGACAUUUUUUGGAAAAUAGGCCCUGUGGACCUGGUCGAUAUGUCUUUGACUUUGGUGUGGAGCAACAUGGGAAGUACAUCUUCCCUAAGAAGGUAAACUCUCAUGGGGAGAUGCAUGUAGACCCUCAUGGGGAGAUGCCAGUCAGAGAGCAUCCAGUUUGGCAAUGUGAGCCAGACCUUCAUCCUCUUGGUUCCUAACUGAAUGGAAAAAAACCUGGCCCAAGACUCAACUACUCCUUGUAGUAUGCAUAUUUUAAGGCAAAAGCUUUCAUUCAGUGAUUGAUUUAACAAGUUAUUAAUAACAUGAAAAAUAGUUUUUAGCAUGCAAGCUUUUUAGUACUUCAUCAA